AUGGGUGCAACCAGUCACUUCGUCGUGAAGAAGAAUGAUCAUCCGGGUUCCUCCCGCCGAGACAUCGAAAACGAGCCAAAUUGGGGCUCAGGGCACAACCACCGAGUCGGCUUCAAGAACAAGGACAACAGAGUGCCCGGGUAUGUGGAAGAGGCGAGAGGCAAGUUGACUGCGUAUCACACGAGGGUGAACCAGGGCGACCUCGUCAACUUCGAGGACAUCAUCACAUCUCAGGAGAACCUAAGUCUUCUUCAUCCCGAGAACAGAUCCGUCGGAUGGCGAUACGUGCUCAACGUCACUGAAGACUGGGUGAAGUAUGGUCAGAAAUGGCCAGCCAACAUCGAAGCCGAGAAGAAGAAGCUGGAGGAGAAGGAGGAGAAGGAGAAGGAGCAGAAGGAGAGCAAUGGGGACAAGUCGCAACAAAACGGCCACACAGAGGAGCCCGUCGAGAAUGGUGACCAGAGUGAAAAUGGUGGCGAUGAGGAGCAUGAAAAAGAGGAUGAGAAGCCCGAGGACAAGUACGCCCCGCAUGAGCUUGCCCUGCUCCGGGGUCUAAAGCACGAAAGCGACUACAUGAAAACUCUGGAAAUCAACGAUGGCAAGCGGGAAUCACCCCAGAAGGACCACCGCCAGCAGAUCGCCAUCGACGAGGCGGACCAGUUCACACCGGACAACUGGCUUCCACGCAGCCCGGAACUCAUCCGCCUGACGGGGAAACACCCGCUCAACGCCGAGCCCGAACUCACCAAGCUCUUCGACGCUGGCCUCGUUACACCAAACGAGCUUCACUACGUCAGGAACCACGGCCCAGUUCCUCGCCUCCUUUGGGAAUUCCACACCAUCGACAUUCAAGACGGCAAGUUCUCGGUAUCAAUGGACCAGCUCAAGAACGAUUUCGACUCUGUCAAUAUUCCAGUCUUCUUGGCCUGCGAUGGCAACCGCCGCAAAGAACUCAACCUCAUCCGAAAGUCUAAGGGCUUCAACUGGGGCCCGGGUGGCGGUAGCUGUGCUUACUGGAAAGGACCUCUCCUCCGAGACGUACUGUUCGCCGCCGGGAUUCUGGACGAGCUGAGCGAAGAGAAACGCUACUGGGUCAACUUCGAAGGCGCGGACGAGCUGAGCGAGGGCAAGUAUGCGACCAGCCUGCCCUUCGACUACGCCAUGGACCCGAUGAACGAUGUCCUGCUCGCCUACGAGAUGAACGACGUGCCCCUACCGCCUGACCACGGAUAUCCCGUACGCCUCAUCAUCCCGGGAUACGUCGGUGGCCGCAAUGUCAAGUGGUUGAAACGCAUCUGGAUCAGCGAGAAGGAGAACGACUCACAUUAUCACAUCUGGGAUAACCGCGUGCUGCCGUCUUUCAUCACGGACAUGGAGAGCGAGUUCGCCGAGACCAUGUUCCGCCACCCCAGCACAGCAUGCAACGAGCAAAACCUCAACUCGGUCAUUGCACGGCCGGAGCAGGGAGAGAAGAUCAGCCUCGCGGACGCGCACCGUGGAAAGGAAUAUCGCAUUCGAGGUUUCGCGUACGAUGGCGGCGGGCACGAGGUGCAGAAGGUCGAGGUGUCGCUCGACGGCGGAGAAACGUGGCUGUACUGCAUCCGCGAGUUCCCCGACGCGCCGAUCAGGCACGGGAAGAAGUUCUGGACGUGGCUGCACUGGCACGUCGACGUUCCCCUUUCGCAUCUCAUCCAAGCGCGCGACAUCCAAGUCCGGUGCUUCAACGUCUUCAAGAACACGCAGCCCGAGAAACCAGCGUGGAAUCUCAUGGGAAUGAUGAACAACUGCUGGUACACGGUCAAGUCCGAGAUCGUCGAGGACGAAGACCCGAAGUCGGAUGCUACGUACGUGCUCUUCCGGCACCCCGUCGAACCUGGGACGGGUGACGGCGGAUGGAUGAAGCCGAGCGUGGUGAGCCAGGUCGAGGCGGCGAAGCGGGACGCGGGGACCCCACAGAAGCAGUUCACGAGAGAAGAGAUUGAGAAGCAUGACAAGGAGGAUGACUGCUGGAUUGUUGUGGACGGUAAGGUAUAUGACGCGACAUCGGUUAUGGCGUGGCAUCCUGGUGGUAAAGCGCCGAUUAUGGCACACGCGGGUCGUGUUCAUCAGGAAUCGACAGAGGAAUUUGAGAGUAUUCAUGACGAGUUUGCUUACGAGAAGCUCAACGAAUGCCUCCUCGGUGUGGUCACAGACAAGGCCAAGAACUUCAUCAAGGAGAACGCCGAGAAGGCAGCCCUUGAAAAGGCCAAAGACAACAAAAAUCAGAAGAGAGCGUUGCAAAAGCACAAAUGGAUCCCGACCAAGCUGCUCGACAGGAAACCACUCUCUUCUGACACCUUCUCCUACACCUUCCAGCUCCCAGACGACCAAGCUGUUUUAGGGUUGGGCACAUGUCAACACGUCCUCAUCGGCUUCCACUUGAAAGACAAGAUGCUUGUGCGCUCUUAUACGCCGACGAGACCCAUCCUCCCAGCACCGAAGGACGCUCCCACCGAGAUCCCGCAUGAGAAUGGCAAGACGAACGGAUUCAAGCAUGGCCCCGAAGACGGCGACGGUACUUUCGAGCUGGUCGUCAAAACGUAUUUCCCUACUCACGACCAGCCCGGCGGCGCCAUGUCUAAUAUCCUGCACUGCAUGCCCAUCGGAGGCGAAGUCGAGAUUCGCGGGCCGACAGGAGAAAUCACCUACGAAGGCAACGGAAAAUUCAUCAUCGACGGGGAGGAGCGCGUGUAUAAGCGCAUCUCUCUCGUUCUCGGCGGCUCCGGAGUUACCCCUGGCUACUCGCUCAUAGCAAGGAUCGUUGAGAGUGGCAACGACAAGACCGAGGUCCGGGUAGUGGACGCAAAUAAGUCGGAGAAGGAUAUCCUCCUGCGAAGAGAGCUUGAAGGUUUUGCGAAGAAGAGUGGUGGGAAGUUCAAGAUCGAGCAUGUUCUCAGCCACCCGAGUGACGAUUGGAGAGGCUUGAGCGGUCACGUUGAUGAGAGCAUUUUGAAGGAGUCUCUCUUCCCGCCUUCGGAAGACAGCGCGGUUUUCCUGUGUGGUCCGCCGACGAUGAUUCAGAAGGCUGUCUUGCCGGCGCUGAAAGAUUGGGGCUAUGAGGAGGAUAAAAAUGUCUUCGGUUUCUGA